AAUACGUCCUUCAUUCGACAUGGAGAAUAAUCGGCCAAGAAUUAAAAACAAACGGAUACUAUGUGAAAGAAUUGAAAAAUUUAUUUCAUCUAUUUAUUUUUCAGAUGUUAAUUUGUAUAGUCAACUAUACACUGAGGUUCAACAAGUUAAAGAUAUCUGGCAUUACAAUGCUCCAUCAAGAAUAUCUUUUAAUGAAGCUUCAAGUGAAAAUGUUUUGUAUGAAAAAACAAGAAUUGGAGAAUGUUUUGGCACCACCUGGUCAACUCAUUGGUUUAAAUUUGAGAUUGAUUUGAGUUUGCAAAACUCUUGGAAAGGACACGAAAUACGACUGCGAUGGAAUAGUGGGUCUGAAGCAAUGAUUUGGAUGGAUGGAAAACCAAUACAAGGGCUCACUGGUGGUGAUGGACAAUUAAGAACUGACUUUAUUUUGACAGAAAAUUGUAAUGGUGAGGAAAAGUACCUUAUAUAUAUUGAAAUGUCAGCAAGUGGUAUGUUUGGAGCUGGUAAAGGUGGGAUGAUCAACUCUCCUGAUCCUAACAAAUUUUUUACUUUAUCUCAACUGGAAAUUGUAUGCUUUAAUAGAAGAAUUUAUGAAAUUAUUAGGGAUUUAAAAAUACUGGUUGAAGUUUCACAGAAUCUUGAUGAAAUAUCUAGUAAAGGCUGGAAAGCACUUCACGUUGGGUGUGAUGUUGUUAACUGCUUUCAACCUCCUAGGAAGGAUUCAAUUGAAAAAGCAAAAAUAUUGUUAGACGACUUCUUUGGAAAUAUAAAACUGACAAAUUCUGAAGAAUUUACUGUGCAUGCAAUUGGUCAUUGUCAUAUUGAUACUGCAUGGUUAUGGCCAUAUGAAGAAACAAUUAGAAAAUGUGGUAGAAGCUGGUCAUCAGUUAUUUCUUUAAUGAAAAGAUACCCAAAUUUUACUUUUGCUUGCUCUCAGGCUGCCCAGUUUGAAUGGGUGAAAAAGACUUAUCCAUCCCUCUUCAAAGAUAUUAAAUAUUAUACAGAGGCUAAGCAGUUUUUUCCGACAGGCGGAACAUGGGUGGAAAUGGAUGGUAACAUGCCCAGUGGUGAAUCUUUUAUAAGACAAUUUUUAUAUGGACAGAGAUUUUUUAAAAUGGAGUUUGGAAAUUAUUGUGAUACUUUUUGGCUACCAGACACUUUUGGUUAUUCAGCACAGUUGCCACAAAUUAUAAGGCAGGCUGGUAUAAAGAAUUUUCUCACUCAGAAGUUGAGUUGGAGUUUAAUUAAUAAAUUUCCUCACAGCUCAUUUAUAUGGCAAGGAAUAGAUGGAUCUAAAUGCCUCACUCACUUUCCUCCUGCUGACACAUAUGAAUCAUCAGCUGGAUAUAAAGAUAUUUUAAAAACAAAGUCCCAAAACAAAGAUCCAGGAGUAGUUUGUGACGCUAUGUUGCUAUAUGGUUAUGGCGAUGGCGGUGGUGGGCCUACGGAAGAUAUGAUUGAAAAUAUUGAAAGAAUGAGUAGUUUUGAUCAACCACGAGUUGUUAAUUCUAAUCCUACACGAUUUUUUGAGAGUCUGGAAAAUUGCCAAAAGAAUCUUCAAACAUGGGUGGGGGAGUUGUAUUUGGAACUUCAUCAAGGAACUUUUACAACACAAGCAUUAAUAAAAAAAAGAAACAGGAAAUGUGAAGUACUCUUACAUAAUUUAGAAUUUUCACAAGUUUGGGCAUUUCUCCACAGCUCAGAUAAAUCAAAAAAUAAUCUAUAUCUAACAGAAAUCACUGAAACACUUCAUCUAUGCUGGAAAAAUGUGCUAUUAAAUCAGUUUCACGAUGUUCUACCAGGGACUUCCAUACAAUGUGUUUAUGAAGAUACUGAAAAGCUUUAUGAAGUUGUACUUUCGAAAAGUGAAUUAGUUCCCAUGCUUUUAAAGAAUAUUAUACACACGAAUGAAAGAAAUGAAAGUGAUAAGAGUAUUCAUCAUGAUAACGGAGCGCAUAACAUAGUGGUCAAUUGUUGUUCAUGGCAGCGUAAAGAAUUAGUGCUGUUAGAUAAUUUGUGCAACAACUCAGAAAAUCAACUUGUUCACAUGUUAAAUGAAGAGGAAAAGUUUGUGCAGUAUGUUGAAGUCCCAAGUAUGGGUUUAUCUAAUGUUUCUUGUGUUAAACCACAAAGUGUUACUAUUGAGCAGUGGCGAACUGCUUUUGAUGGAGAAAUCCAAUUAAGAAAUGAAAAUUUAGAAGUUCAUUUUAACACUAAUGGUCAGAUGACAAAGUGCAUUUUGCUAAAAUCACAAAGAGAAUGUUUGGCAUCUGCUAGUAACUGUUUCUGCUUGUAUACUGACAUCCCUUUGUACUGGGAUGCAUGGGAUGUUAUGCCUUAUAACCAGGAAACAAAAGAAAUUUUGAACUUGUGUGCUGAGAUACAAAUUAUUGAUCGAGGACCUUUAAGAGCUAGUUUCCAGUAUAGAAUUCAAAUUAGCGAGAAAAGUUAUAUAUCCCAACUUGUAUCAUUAGAUGCUGGAUCAGAUUUUAUACGAUUCGACACAGAGGUUGAAUGGCAUGAAAAUAGGAAGUUGCUCAAGACUGAAUUUUUUUUAAAUGUUCAUGCAAAUAAUGCAACUUAUGAGAUACAAAUGGGCCAUAUUCAGCGUCCAACACAUUACAACACUUCCUGGGAUUGGGCCAAACACGAGGUGUGUGGUCAUAAAUGGGUUGAUAUGUCAGAAUAUAAUUUUGGAAUCGCUCUUCUAAAUGAUUGUAAAUAUGGUUUUUCUGCAUAUGGAAACAACUUGCAAAUGUCGCUUCUUCGAUCUUCUAAAGCACCAGAUGAAAAUGCUGAUAUGGGACAUCAUGAGUUUUCUUAUGCAUUUAUGCCACACUUAGGCUCUUUUCAAGAGGCAAAUGUUAUUCAUAGAGCUUAUGAAUUCAACAAUCCUUUGCAAAUUGUUGGGCAAAAAACUGAGAUUGUUUCUUUAUCUCUGUUCUCAGUUGAUCACCCUGGAAUUGUUCUAGAAACUGUAAAAAUGUCUGAAGACCAAUCAGGAGAUGUUAUUUUACGUUUUUAUGAAUCUUUUGGAGGAAAAGAAAAAGCACAAGUCAAGUCCUACUACCCUUUGUCAAGCAUAUGCAGGUGCAAUAUUUUAGAAGAUUAUGUAGAAGUCUCUGAUAGCUGCAAACUAGUUGAUCAAAAGACCAUCGAAUUAACUUUGUCGCCAUUUGAAAUAGUAUCACUGCGUUGUUGCUUUGUCAAAAUCUAAAAGUUGGGUUUUCUUUUUAUAAAUUUUGCAUGUUCUAAAAUAACUUUGUAUCAAAAAUGACAGAUCUUUAUAAAACAAAAGAUCCGUCGAUUUUUUAUAAAUAUAUAACACUUUUUAUGAAACUUAUAAAGUGUUUUUAUGAUUAUGCGGUAAAUAUUGGAUAAAAAUUUUCUAUUUAAUAUUUACCUCGCAGAUACGCAUUCUAGAGAAGCGUAUUUGUUGUGUGGGAGUACGAGAAUAGUUUAAAAGAAAUAUUGCGUCGAUAUUAAGUAAUAUUACCGUUCUGCAUUAUAAAGAGUUAUUAAAUAUUUUGUUGCUUGCAUUUAAGAUCGUUAGUAUUUUGUAUAAAUGUUUUUUAUAUAUGAAAUACUUUCAAAAUUUCA